AUGGUUACCGAGCUUCCAUACGCUUUGGAUGCGGAAACGCCGCUCAACGCCGCCGAGCUCAAGGUCCUACGCGCACAAUAUGAAAAGGAAGGCACAAUGGUCGGCAUACAAACCAAGUUCAACUACGCCUGGGGCCUCGUCAAGUCCACCAACCGCGAGGACCAGCAGCUAGGCGUCCGUCUCCUCUCUGACAUUUUCCGCAUUUGCCCCGAGCGCCGCCGCGAGUGCCUCUACUACCUCGCCCUCGGCAACUACAAGCUCGGCAGCUACGGCGAGGCCCGCCGCUACAACGACCUGCUCCUCGAACGGGAGCCCGCUAACCUGCAGGCCUCCAACCUCCGCCAGCUCAUCGACGACCGCGUCUCCAAGGAAGGGUUGAUUGGUGUUGCCAUUCUCAGCGGCGUUGGGCUUGCCGCCGGUGUCGUCGGCGCCUUUCUCAUGAAGAAUGCUCGCAAGAGGUGA